AUGAGAUGGUUCACGAUAUUAGUGCGUAAGGCCUUUCACAUUGUUCUGGCCACAUCCUUCGUUCAUCUAUUUCCUCCUAAGCACCACCCUCGUGCUCUUUAUUUCUUGAACGACGUCCUGCGACAGGAUCCCACCGACGUGGACGAAUUGAUGGGGAAGGCGUAUGUCUUACAAUAUGCUGAAAAAUGGGAAGAGGCGGAAAAGCUAUUUGCGCAAGCGGGGAAUCGGAUGCAUGCAGAUCCUGGCGUAGAUGCUUUGAAAGAGGUCUUUGAGACCUUGAAGGAUAUCGAGGAUCGCGGUGACAUUGAUAAAGCUCGGCGCCUGUGGCGGAUUGGGAGAUGCUACUGGGAUUUAGGAGGAGAGUCCCGCGAGGAAGCCUUCAAAUCCUUCAUCACAUCGCUCAAACACAAUCGCGAGUAUGCGCCGGCAUACACUUCGCUAGGCGUAUACUACUCAAAACACGCGUCACCACCCGUCCCUACGCGGGCUUCAAAGUGUUUCCAGAAAGCAUUCAAAGUUGAUGCCUGUGAAGCAGAGGUUGCAAGGUGCCCCGUAGAAGGGUUCGGCGACGAGCGUGGAUAG